AUGUCUCGCGCCGCCACGUCGCAACGACAACAACCACAGGCCCGGCACCGGCGCGCAAAGCACGGCGACGACACGGACGGCGUCCGCGCGGGCCUCCCGCCGCCGGCCACGGCUCACGACGCGCCGCUCAAGUGGAACUCGCCGCGGGGCAACAUUGCCCGCCUCGCCUUUGCCUUUGUCUCCUUCAUGAUUGCCGGCAUGAACGACGCCGCGGUGGGCGCGCUCAUCCCGUACCUCGAGGAAUGGUACCACCUCAACUACACGACUGUCUCGCUCAUCUUCCUCACACCCUUUGCCGGCUACUCGGCCGCCGCGCUCGUCAAUGCCACCAUCCACUCAAGGUUUGGCCAGCGCGGCAUCGCCGUGGCCGCCCCCGUCUGCCACAUCAUCACCUACGUCGUCAUGGCCCUGCACCCGCCGUACCCCGUCAUCAUCGUCAUCAACAUCAUCGCGGGCUUUGGCAACGGCCUCACCGACGCCUGCUUCAGCUCCUACCUGAGCCAGUUUGAGAACCCCAACAGCAUCCAGGGCCUCCUCCACUCGUGCUACUCGGUCGGCGCCCUCUUCAGCCCCUUUGUCGCCACUAGCCUCAUCGUCAAGGCCUCCCUGCCCUGGUACACCUUCUACUACAUCAUGAUUGGCAUCAGCGUGCUCGAGUGGGCCGGCCUCUCGGCCGCCUUCUGGAGCAAGACGGGCGAGGUCUACCGCCUCGAGCACCCGCGCACCUCGGAAGGCUCCGGCAGCCGCACCCGCGAGGCCGUCCGCUCCAAGGUCACCUGGAUCUGCACGGCGUAUCUCUUCACCUACAUGGCCAUCGAGGUGAGCCUGGGCGGCUGGGUCGUCACUUUUAUGCUGCGCGUUAGGGAGGCCUCGCCGUACGACGCGGGCAUCUCGGGCACGGGCUUCUGGCUGGGCAUGGCCGUGGGCCGCGCCGCGCUGGGGUUUGUGACGGAGAGGUUUGGCGAGCGGCUGUGCGUGACGGUCUACCUCGCCUUUGCGCUCGCGCUGCAGCUCGUCUUCUGGCUCGUGCCCCAGUUCGUGGUCAGCGCCGUGGCCGUCGCGCUCCUGGGCCUGUUCCUGGGGCCCAUUUUCCCGGGAGGCGUCAUGAUGGCGGCCAAGCUGCUGCCCAAGCACUUGCAUGUCAGCGCGCUGGGGUUCGCCAUGGCGAUUGGCGGCACGGGGGGAACCAUCUUCCCUUUCGCCAUUGGUGCCAUUGCCCAGAGCAGAGGCGUGCAGGUGUUGCAGCCCAUUGUGCUGGGUCUGAUCUGUGUUGUCGGGUUGCUCUGGCUGAGCUUCCCUCGUGUCCAUAAGCGGGAAUAG